AGGCGACUAUGAAGACCUUCGAGCAGAGAACCAGAAAACAAAGGAGAAGUGUGACAAAAUUAGGCAAGAACGAGAUGAAGCUGUUAAAAAACUGGAAGAAUUUCAGAAAAUUUCUCACAUGGUCAUAGAGGAAGUGAAUUUCAUGCAGAACCAUCUGGAGAUAGAGAAGACAUGUCGGGAGAGUGCUGAAGCCCUGGCAACAAAGCUAAACAAAGAGAAUAAAACACUGAAAAGAAUCAGCAUGUUAUACAUGGCCAAACUGGGACCAGACGUCAUAACAGAGGAGAUCAACAUUGACGAUGACGAUCCUGCCACCGACACGGACGGUGCAGUCGAGACUUGCGUAUCAGUUCAGUGCCAGAAACAAAUCAAAGAACUCCGAGAUCAAAUUGUGUCCGUCCAAGAAGAGAAGAAGGUGUUAGCCAUUGAGCUGGAAAAUCUCAAGAGCAAGCUUGUAGAGGUGAUGGAGGAAGUAAAUAAAGUUAAGCAAGAAAAGGUCGCCUUAAAUUCAGAAGUUCUUGAGCAGAGGAAAGUCCUAGAAAAAUGCAACAGAGUGUCCAUGCUGGCCGUCGAAGAGUAUGAGGAGCUGCAGGUGAACCUGGAGCUGGAGAAAGACCUUCGCAAGAAAGCAGAAUCAUUUGCACAAGAGAUGUUCAUUGAGCAAAACAAGCUGAAGAGACAAAGCCAGCUUCUGCUGCAGAGCUCUCUUCCCGACCAGCAGCUGUUGAAAGCUUUAGAUGAAAACUCAAAACUCAUCCAGCAGCUUGAAGAAGAGAGGAUCCAGCAUCAGCAAAAGGUCAAAGAGUUAGAGGAGAAGCUGGAGAAUGAGGCUCUGCACAAGGAGAUCCAUACCCUCAGACAGCAGCUGGAGCUCCUCGAGGAGGACAAGAAGGAGCUGGAGCAGAAGUACCAGAGCUCAGAGGAGAAGGCCAGGAAUCUGAAGCAUUCCGUGGAUGAACUUCAGAAACGAGUGAACCAGUCGGAGAAUUCGGUACCUCCCCCACCUCCUCCUCCUCCGCCUCUCCCCCCUCCACCACCCAAUCCGAUCCGAUCUCUCAUGUCUAUGAUCCGGAAACGAUCCCACCCCAGUGGCAGCAGUGCUAAGAAGGAAAAGGCCACUCAGCCAGAAACAGCGGAGGAAGUCACAGACCUGAAGAGACAAGCAGUAGAAGAGAUGAUGGACAGAAUUAAACGGGGAGUUCAUCUUAGACCAGUUAACCAGACAGCCAGACCCAAGCCAGACUCCUUAAAAGGCUCAGAGAGUGCAGUGGACGAGCUGAAGGGAAUCCUGGGGACACUUAACAAAUCCACUAGUUCGAGAAGCUUAAAAUCCCUUGGCCCCGAGAACAGUGAAACUGAGUUAGAGAGGAUUUUACGCCGCAGGAAGGUGACGGCAGAAGCAGAUAGCAGUAGUCCUACCGGGAUAUUAGCCACCUCAGAGUCCAAAUCCAUGCCAGUGUUGGGUUCUGUAUCCAGUGUAAAAACAGCCUUGAACAAGAAAACUCUGGAGGCAGAAUUCAACAGCCCGUGUCCCCUAACACCUGAGCCAGGUGAAGGGCCCCGUAAAUUGGAAGGAUGCACGAAUUCCAAGGUUACGUUUCAGCCUCCCAGUAACGGUGGACGCAAGAGACAAUGUGUGGACAGUGAGAAGCAGGCUGAGCCAGCUGUCGUUUUAGAUCCUGUUUCCACACGUGAACCCCAAACCAAAGACCAGGCUGCUGAGAAAGACCCAACUCAAUGCAAGGAGGAAGGAGGUGAAGCACAGCCCGAGGACAAGGAGGACAGCCGUGGGAAAGCGGGAGAGACAGACAGUUCCAACUGCUGAUCUGGGGCCAGCGGCCGGCGCGUUUGCGGGCCCUUGUCCGUAAGCAUGUGGCUCUUUCGGGUUACUGUCAAGGACCGUUGGACACUUCCUUUGUUCUGGCCACACACUUCUUUGCUGGUAUCACUUUGUAAGUAGCAAGUAUAAACAUAAGUAAGCUGUUUAGCAAGGUGCAUCUUCUGGGUAGUUUUUUUAUCUUUGUGGGAUAAGGGUUCUUUCUGGUUUCUACGUGGAGUGUGACUUCUUCGAGAAGGUGGCGGGAAACUCGGGUGUUGAUGUCUUUGUUGGGAAUUGUGCGCACUAUUCUUCAAAUGUAUCCAUGAUGAAAUUCAAGGUGGUGCCAGAAACUGGGCAGACAGAGGCCACAAAACUUAACCAUGAUCUUUAAAGGCUCCCUUUAAUCCAAUCCUUCUGUGUGCAGCCCUAGCAGCCUGGAAGUCCGUGGGUCCAGGAGCAUCUCCGUUUUGUAGAGUUGCUGCAGUAAGUGAUAUCUUGUUUAUGGUCUAACAAAGUUUGCCUGACGAUCAGAGAAGCAAAGCAGCCAAGCUACUAGAGAAUUCUUAACCUCUAUUGAACAGAGCAAGUUCCUGUCUCAUUCUGCCUUAUAUUCCCGUCUAGUGCUGGGAUUAAAGGCGUGCACCACCACAGCCUGGCCUCUGUGGCUAACUAGUGUGGCUACUGUGAUUACAGGUGUGUGCCAGCACUGCCCAGCCUAUAUAGCUGACUAGUGUGGCUAGCUGUGCCCUAUCUUCAGGGAAACUUUUUGUUAGAUCAUAAACAAAAUAUCACUAUAGGGUGCGCUGAGACCAUCCAUGGGAGAGCUCCAGAGGUGGCAAACGGCUUCUAGGUCUCUUAGCUCCAAGUUGAUCACAGUUAGCUCCUUUAAACAUGUGAAAAACAUGCCCGUGUCCAAGGCUUGCCAAGGAUUUCGGCAAUGAAAUGGAAGCCCAAACCUUGAGUUUAGAAGGAAUACCCUGGCAAACCACAUACUCCUGUGUUUCCCACACACUCACGUGGCACAAGCACCGUAUUUUACUCCAGAUUUUACGCACAGUGAAAAUUAGUGACAAGCACACUUAUUUUUUCUUGCUUCACUGCCGUUCUAUAUUACAUGGGUCUUUUCUUGUUUUGUUUUUUUUAGAGGAAAUUAAGUGGUAGUUUCUAAAAAUACAAUGUUUCAUACUACCACGAGGAAUAAAUAGAAAUGUAAUCAGGGAUUUAAAAAAAAAGCAACUUAUGCAGGUUUUCAAGUCGAUUGUUUCAAAAUUGGUGUUUAUUUAAAAUAAGUGGUAAUGUACUUGAAUGCACUUUUUAUGAUAAUGAUUCAGUAAUGGUAAUUUUACUAUUAAAGAAAGUGAAAGGCUUAGUUUUGUUAGCAUGACUCAGCAUGUAGUUGUCAGGUGCUUAGCACCUAAGGGCAAAAGAGAAUGAUAGUAACAAUUGCAGUAGUUGUGUCCUAUUGUGUUUCUGCACGUGUGCUGCUAGUGUAGGCUUGAGGCGGUGGGGAGGCAGGUGAGAACACUUCCUCAAUUUGGAGACAAUUCUCUUUCUGUAGGUUCAUUAGCUUUUACUGUUUCCCUGUUUCUUCGGUGCUGAUUUCAUGGCUCCCUGUCAGUUUACUCAUGGGGAAUUAAAACAUGAUUUUUUUUUCAA